AUGCCAUAUAACUAUCAGAGAAUAGCUACACUUUUUGUCUUUUCUCUGUUGAUUCUCCAGAUAUUGGCCGCAACAUCCGUUCAAGAAGCUAAUACAGGCAAGAAGCUUACAUUGACUUUUGAUGAGGUCAAUAAAAAGAUAACUGCAAUAACAACAGAGCCUACUCAAACAUCCUCCACUGACACUGGCUUGGAAGCUGAUGCUGGUGCUGGUACUCCUGAGAAGGAUGGAAAGAAGGACAAGAUCGAACCUCAGCAAGUCAAGCCGCAAUACGAUGAAACAGAUGAAGAAGAAGAAUAUGAGGAAAUUGAGAUUAUUUCAGAGGAGGAGGAUGCCAUGCUCGACGAAGAGGAUCCCAUGCUCGACGAAGAGGAUCCCAUGCACGAAGAACAGGAUGCCAUGCUCGAAGAACAGGAUCCCAUGCACGAAGAACAGGAUUCCAUGCUCGAAGAACAGGAUUCCAUGCACGAAGAACAGGAUUCCAUGCUUGAAGAACAGGAUCCCAUGCACGAAGAACAGGAUCCCAUGCUCGGAGAACAGGAUCCCAUGCUCGGAGAACAGGAUCCCAUGCUCGGAGAAGAGGAUAUGAUGGGUGAUGAAACGUUGGAAAAUCCUCCACCUCCUCAAGAAAUAGAGCCAUUUGUUGACGAAGAGGCUGAACCCUCCAUUACUGUUGACGCUGCUUCAGCAUCGGCAUCCUUGUACGAUGAAGAUGCCAUCUCUGCACAUACCCUCAACCUCCUGCAAUCCUCAUCAACAAGACCCGCUGUAGCUCAAGUAACAGGCUGUAAAACUCAAGGACAAAUUGCAUUGACAUAUAGCGAAGGACCUAGUGAUGUAACAGCAAAGAUCGUCCGUCAAUUGGCCAAGGCUGAUGCUCGCGCCAAUUUCUUUGUCAAUGCAACAUGGCUCUACACUCAACAAUAUGCCAUGGUAGUACAAAACGUUUACAAUGCAGGCCAUUUCAUUGGCAUGACAUACCGCGUGCCGAAUGACAAUUCCUCGGCUCUCACUGAUGAAGAUAUUCGUAUCGACAUCCUGAACAAUGCUCAUAUCAUUGAGACCCUGAUCAAUGUUGCACCCAAGUAUGUCCGCCUCCAUUACACUGAAGAGAAGGAUGUUCGCACAGAAGGCAUUUUGAGGGAUCUGGGCUUUAUCAUUGUUGGCUACAAUUUGGACAGUCAGGACUACAUGAAGAAGGAAGCUACUGGCGCUAAUUCAAUUCAAGAGAUUUACUCGGAAACAUUCAAGAAAUACAAGGACACUUAUGAUGCCAAGGGUUCAUUCAUUUCGAUUCAGUAUGAUUUACCUUAUACUGGAUCUCUGAAUGCUGUGUCUCGCAUCAUUAACACCAUUGAUGAAGAGGGUUACACCAUGGUGCGAUUGGAUGGCUGUCUAAAUGACCCCAAGCCAUAUAAACGAUUUGCCAACAGCACAGAAUACGUUGGGGACAAAUUCUCAUUUCAGUCAGCCGGUUAUCAUCAAGGUCAAAAAUCAAUUGUACUAGAUGCUGCUGAUGCUGCUGAUAUUGAGGAGGAUGAGUUCAAGAUCCAAGGAUUAGAAACAAGUCAAGCCGCUGCUCAGUUGGCUCCAUUCAUGACAGCUACUCUUUGCAUCGUCGGUGCCAUCUUCACACUGUUCUUCUAG